AUGGUUGCAUCUCCAUUGAAUGUGAAUGGAAUUUUGAGGGAAGCCAUCAACGUACCAGCAAGAAAUGGGAAGUUCGCUCUCCAAGUCAUGCUUACCAUACUCUCUCCUUUCUCUCUUAUUGGCCUACUUCACUAUCUUUUAGUAGGGUUUUUAAUUCACAAGGUUGAGGAUGGCUAUGAGAACUCUUCUCUUGAUCAAAAAGAUGUAAGAACUCUCAUAGGACUUGAACUUGUUUUUCUUGCUGCCUUUUUCUUUGUUUCCUUCUUCGGAACUAUGUUAACAAUCCAUGCAUCAGCUUCAAGUUAUCUUGGUAAAACUGCAGGGCUGAAAGAUCUGAUUUCGUUGAUCCGAUUUGCUUGGAAGAAUCCAUUGAUCACAUGGCUAUACGUUUCUUGUUUUACAGUGAUUUACACUGUUUUAGCCAUAGUUUUGAUCAAAUUGGUCAGCCUACUUGGUCCUGCAAAUUAUGCUACUUAUGUGUUGGGUUGGUUUUUGGCAAUUCUGGCUGUCCUGUUUUACCUUUAUCUUGAUGUAAGUUGGACUCUUGCAAUUGUGAUCUCAGUUUUGGAAGAAGGUUCUUGUGGAACAAAAGGGUUGAAGAGAUCAGAAAAACUCAUCAGAGGAAGGAAAAGUCAAGGGUUUCUCCUCAUGUUGAUUUUAAAAGUACUCAGUGUUCCAAUCUAUGUUCUGUUCUAUGUUAUAGCAACUGAUGAUGAUGAUGAACUUGGUGCCUUCACUCAGUUUGCUUUUGGGUUUGUUGCAACAGUUUUUUUCUGCCUAGCUAAGUUCUUUGACUCUGUGGUUUUUACUGUGUUCUACUAUGAAUGUAAGCAGAGUAAGGGAGAGAGAAUAGAGAUGGAGUUAGGAGUUGGGGAUAGUUUAGUUCCACAGAAACUCGAUGUUGAAUUCUAA